UAAUGUUCUGUCCCUAGAUACAGGUCCAGUUGUUUGUAUGUUAUUAGUUGACAUUGCAUUCUUUUUACCUGUCUUAUAAUUCAUUUACUUUAUUAUUGUGUGGCAACAGCACCAUCUACUGACCAGUUCAGAAUUGCAUUUAGUCUCGUUUUUGCAAUGUAUUGUGGGAGCCACCAGAGGUAUUGUGGGAACUUCCUGCUUCUUCUCCUCAGUCCUGUCUUAUACAGCAUGCAGUCACCAUCUUGUCUCAGGAGCCUAAUCCUCAUCCCUUGGUUCCUACCUCAUCAGCCAGUUAUUGAGCCUGUUUUCAAGCAUAGUCGUUUCACCGCUUUCCUGUCAUUCUACUAUCAAUAAAAGAGGAAGUUAAAGCAGUACAAUUUCUUCUCUUCUUGAAUACGGGAUCGGUUUAGCUACAUGUCAGAUUACACACCGUGCUAACGUGUAUGAGGACAGUAUAGUGAAACGACUGCUGAGAAUAAGCUCAGACGAUUAGACUAUACGGAGCCCGCCAUUAUCCACGCAGGGCCUACAUACGGAUAUCGCAGCAGUCUCCUAACAGUCACAACACGGAGCCCACCAUUAUCCACGCAGAGCCUGCAUACGGAUGUCGCAGCGGUCUCCUAACAGUCGCAACAUGUCUAGUAGUCGGGCAUCUUCACUCAAGACAAGGUCUCAGAUAAGUGGCUCUAGCAGGACAUCAAUCAGAGAAGCCGCCGCCAUUGCCCGUGCAAAGGCAGAAGCUGCAAAGGCAAAAUCCAGCUUCACAGAACAAGAGAUGCAGUUAAAGAUGGAGAAAGCUUCUCUGGAUAUGGAGAAAGCGCAACUUGAAGUUACUCUAGAAAAACUCGCUGCAGAUAAAGAAACAGCAGCCGCCAUCGCAGAAGCAGAAUUUCUGGAAGCCACGGAACUUCAGGAAACCAAGAGUCAUCGCAGCAUCGUCCAUCCAGGACUUGAAUCCCAAGAUCCACAACAGCGAACUUCACAAUACGUCUAUCAGCAUUCCAAGCCAGAUGACAACCCAGCUCCACAGCUUAAUACAAAGCAGUCUGUUGACGAGCCAAGCCAACAUGCUUAUCCGGAUCAUCAGAAAGUCGACUAUCAGUCUCCUUGCACCAAACUAGAGAAUACUCAUCAGAGUGAAACCAGCUACAUCGAAGUCUCUCCAGAACAGAGAAUCAGAAAUCGGCCCCUGCUAAGAAAGAUGCCUUUCGCUUCAGAACGUUAUUACACAGAUCCGGUUAAACCAGAGACUUCCAACAGGUAUGGCCGUGCACCACACAUUCACUCUGACAACACAACACCAGCCGGUCCCAGCGCUAAUCAAGCCACUAUGGACAUUGCAAGGUUCCUUGCUCAACAUGAGCUUGUCAUCAAGGGACUUGUAAAGUUCACCGACCGCGCUGAGAAUUAUAGAGCUUGGCGAGCUUCCUUCCAAAAUACCAUGAGAGACUUAAAUCUGUCAUAUAGUCAGGAACUGGAUGUCUUGGUGAGUUAUCUGGGAAAUGAGUCUGCCGAACACGCUAAAAGGAUUAGAGACAUCAAUGUAAAUUAUCCAGAUGUUGGUCUACAAAGGGUCUGGGAUAGACUUGAUGAGAUGUAUGGCGCAGCAGAGGUUAUAGAAAAUGCCUUAUUCAAGAGAAUUGAGGACUUUCCCAAAAUAGCAAACAAAGUCUAUUCAAAGCUUAGAGAUUUAAGUGACUUACUAAUGGAGCUGAGUGUAGCAAAGGCAGAAGGGGAUCUGGUAGGAUUGGCAUUCCUUGACACUGCUAGAGGGGUGAAUCCCAUAGUCCAGAAGCUCCCAUACAACCUGCAGGAGAAGUGGGUCAUGCAUGGUUCUCGGUAUAAACAGACUUAUAAUGUACCAUUUCCUCCAUUUAAUGUGUUUGUAGAUUUUGUCUCUGAACAAGCAAAAAUUAGGAAUGAUCCUAGCUUUGAUUUCAUGAUGUCAUGUGCCACCCCUUCAGUCAGUAAACCACGUAGAGCUAUGAUAGAGGUCCACAAAACUAACGUUUCUUCCACAGGUUCAGUCCAUAAAAGGUUCAGCUCUUAUCAAAGAGGAGACAAACCCAAGGACCCGAGCAGUCAGUGUCCCUUACACAGGAAGCCUCAUUCCCUACUUAAGUGCAGAACCUUCAGAGCAAAGUCAUUGGAAGACCGCAAGACCUUCCUCAAGGAGAACAACAUCUGCUUUAAAUGCUGCUCUUCAACUUCGCACUUCGCCAGGGACUGUGAGGUUAGUGCAAAGUGUGCAGAAUGUGACAGCACAGAUCAUAACACGGCUCUACACCCUGGGCCACCACCGUGGGCUUCACCCCAAACCCAAGAGCAAAGCGGGGAGCGAAAAGAAGAGAAUACUGACACUUUGGCAGUUACUUCUAAAUGUACAGAGGUUUGCAGAGACCUCAGAGGAGGCAGAUCCUGCUCUAAAAUCUCCCUAGUGAGGGUUUACCCAGAAGACAACCGAGACAAAGCCAUCAAAGUGUACGCAAUUCUAGACGAUCAAAGUAACAAGUCGUUAGCGAAGUCUGCCUUCUUUGAUAGCUUCCACAUCAGAGGACCCGGUGCCCCCUACUCUCUAAGAACUUGUGCUGGUACUGUGGAAACAGCCGGAAGGAGGGCAAGCGGCUACAUAAUUGAAUCCAGUGAUGGUCAAGUGCGUCUGCCUUUACCAACUAUCCUAGAAUGUAACCAGAUUCCUGACAACAGGUCUGAGAUACCCACGCCAGAAGUAGCAGAGCAUCACCCUCACCUGAAGCGUAUAAGACACCUGAUCCCGAACCUUGAUCCCGAAGCUCAGAUAGUCCUACUCCUCGGGAGGGAUAUCUUACAGGUCCACAAAGUUAGACAGCAGAUCAAUGGAUCUCACAAUGCUCCAUACGCCCAGAGGCUCGACCUAGGAUGGGUCAUUGUAGGAGAAGUAUGUUUGGGAGGUGUACACAGACCAACAACUGUCAACAGCAUGCUUACCAGUACACUUGAGAAUGGACGCCCAUCUCUCCUACAACCAUGUGAAAAUCACCUUUUCAUUAAGGAACUGCCUCAAAGCACUUCAUCAUUAGGUGCUCUUGCAGGUCCUGCCUACGAUGACUUCAUCUGGGAUGUCAAUCAAGACCACCUAGGAUCCACAGUCUUCCGCAAGACUAAAGAGGACAAUCGUAUGGCGAUGUCAUUCGAAGAUAGACUGUUCCUAGAUAUAAUGGAGCACGGUAUGGUGCAGGACGAAGCAAGAAGCUGGGUUGCACCUCUACCCUUUAAGCCUCAAAGACAGCGCUUACCCAAUAAUAGAGAGCAAGUUUUCAAACGAUUUGUCUCUCUCAGGCACAACCUGAGAAACAAACCUGAGAUGAGAGAUCACUUCUUUACCUUCAUGGAAAAGAUAUUCCGGAAUGGUCAUGCAGAACUAGCACAUUUACUUCAAGAAUCGGAAGAACGCUGGUACCUGCCCAUGUUUGGGGUGUAUCACCCGAAGAAGCCAGGUCAGAUCAGAGUGGUGUUUGACUCAAGCGCCAAGUAUGAAGGCGUAUCAUUGAACAACGUUUUGCUGUCAGGCCCAGAUCUAAACAACAAGCUCAUAGGAGUGCUUCUCCGUUUUCGCAGAGACUCCAUUGCAUUCACAGCUGAUAUCCAACAGAUGUUCCAUUGCUUCCUAGUUAAGAAAGAACAUAGAAAUUUCUUGAGAUUCCUAUGGUUCAAGGACAACGAUCCCUCUAAAGAUGUUACAGAGUAUCGUAUGAAAGUUCACAUCUUCGGCAAUAGUCCUUCUCCUGCAGUCGCCAUCUAUGGAUUGAGACGCGCAGCUCAGAAAGCAGAAGAAAAGUAUGGAGCGGAUGUCAGACUCUUUGUAGAGAAAGACUUCUAUGUGGAUGACUGUCUGAAAUCAAUGCCCUCAGAUGAGACUGCAAUCAGUCUCCUCAAAAGAACCCAAGAGAUGUUCUCUCUGUCUAACCUGAGGCUACACAAGAUCGCUUCUAACAGCCAGAAAUUGAUGGAAGCCUUUCCUUCUCAAGACCAUUGUGAAGACUUGAAGGACUUAGAUCUAGGCUUUGACUCGCCUCCGAUGCAACGGAGCCUUGGCCUACUCUGGGAUAUAAAAGCUGAUACCUUCACUUUCCAGGUUAACAGAGAAGAAAAACCCUUUACUCGCAGAGGAGUACUGUCAGCCAUAAGCAGUUUAUAUGACCCACUAGGAUUUGCAGCUCCUAUACUCAACGAAGGUAAAGCUAUGUUAAGAGACUUCACCAGAGAAGGGUCGAACUGGGAUACUCCUCUUCCCAUGAAGGAAAGAACCACGUGGAUGGCCUGGAAGAAUUCCCUUACAGCCUUAUCCAAUCUUCACAUAGCUCGUCCAUAUGUUUCUGUACCAACUACCAAGGUUAAGACUCAAAAACUGUGUGUUUUCUGCGAUGCUUCAAUCAAAGCAAUUGCAGCUGUAGCUUACUUGAAGACAAUAGAUACCAGCGGACAUUGUCAUGUAGGAUUCGUCAUGAGUAAAGCGAAACUAACGCCACUCCAGGAACACACCAUACCACGCCUGGAACUAUGUGCCGCUGUGUUAGCGGUGGAGUUGGCCGAACUCAUCGUUGUAGAAAUGGACCUAGAGAUUAAAGACUCAGAGUUCUAUACAGAUAGCAAGAUAGUACUGGGAUAUAUCUGUAAUGAAGCUAGACGCUUCUAUGUCUACGUCAACAACAGAGUUCUAAGGAUCAGAAGAUCUACCUCUCCUGAACAAUGGAAACAUGUACCUACACAUCUCAACCCUGCGGACCUAGCAACUAGAUCCGUCGCUGCUGACCAUCUCAAGGAUACAAUUUGGUUUACAGGCCCCACCUUUUUGUAUAAGCCGAUGCCCAACACAACAGAAACUGCCAUGUUUGAACUAGUAGACCCGCAUACCGAUGUUGAGAUACGUCCUCAGGUGUCUGCGCUACAUACAGAGACUUUGGACCACGACCUGAAAUCCCACAGAUUCAAUAGGUUUUCUACUUGGAUAUCUCUUGUCCAUGCCAUCACUUGUCUGACUCAUAUUGUUCGGUCGUACAAAGCGACCUCAUCGGCAGAUAAAAAUACCUGUAGAGGCUGGCAUCAUUGUAAACGUGUCUACACAGCUCUUGAGCUAGAGCGAUCAAGGAAUGUAAUCAUCCGUGCUGUACAGCGUGAAACCUAUGCAACGGAAAUCGACUGUAUAGUCAGCCAAAGAUCCGUGCCCAAAGGAAGUGUUUUAAGGAAACUUGACCCAGUGAUUGACGAAGAUGGGCUCUUGAGAGUAGGUGGACGUCUUAGGGAAGCCAAUGUGGACCUAAAAGAGAAGCACCCUGUGAUAGUUCCUGGACAGCAUCAUAUAGCCACUCUGCUCGUGCAACACCACCAUGAACAGACAAAGCACCAAGGUCGGCUGUUCACAGAAGGAGCUCUAAGAGUGGCUGGACUGUGGAUUGUUGGAGCUAAAAGAUGUGUAUGCAGAUUCAUAUUUAAAUGUGUUACCUGUCGGAAACUUCGUGGUAUGUCGCAACCACCGAAGAUGGCAAACCUCCCGUAUGACCGACUAAGUACGGAUCCACCCUUCACUAAUGUUGGCUUAGACGUGUUUGGUCCUUGGCCUGUUGUUGUCCGUCAAACCAGAGGAGGCCGUGCGCAUGGAAAACGUUGGGCGAUUAUGUUCACCUGUCUGUCCAUCAGAGCUGUCCAUAUUGAAGUCAUUGAAUCGAUGGAUACUCCCUGUUUCAUUAAUGCUUUCCGACGUUUCAUCGCCAUCAGGGGACCUGUCAAACACAUUCGUUCUGACCGAGGCACAAACUUCGUCGGAGCAGCGAGAGAACUACAACUCUCUUCCAACUUAGAUGUCAACAACAUAGAAAGAUACCUCAGUGAGCGAGGCUGCACUUGGACCUUCAACCCACCACACUCUUCACACAUGGGAGGUGCUUGGGAGAGGAUGAUAGGCAUCGCACGGAGAAUCCUUGACUCAAUCUUCUUACAAGAAGGAUCUUCAAAGUUGACUCAUGAAAGCCUGACUACCUUCAUGGCGGAAGUAUCGGCUAUCAUAAAUGCUAGACCGCUAAGACUGAACAAAUUUGUGCUCCUCCUGGAGAAUUUAAUUCCAAAGAUCUUUACAGAAAUCGAUGGAGACAAGUACAGAGUCUCUCAAACUCGUUCUGGGAUAAGUGGAAAAAGCAAUACAUUCCCACUCUGCAACCAAGGAGAAAGUGGCAAACCAGCAAGCCUAACCUCCAGCCCGGCGAUGUAGUCCUAAUGAAAGACUGCCAGUCACGAAGAAACGAGUGGCCGUUAGGUCUUGUGACUAAGACAUUCCCAAGUAAGGACGGAAUUACACGUAAAGUAGAACUGAAAAUACGCAGACAGGGAGAAACCAAAUUGUUUCUCAGACCAGUAGGAGAACUCGUUCUACUGUUUACACCCAACGAAUACAAUAAUGACGUCGGUUGACGUCAAGCGGGGAGUGUUCUGUCCCUAGAUACAGGUCCAGUUGUUUGUAUGUUAUUAGUUGACAUUGCAUUCUUUUUACCUGUCUUAUAAUUCAUUUACUUUAUUAUUGUGUGGCAACAGCACCAUCUACUGACCAGUUCAGAAUUGCAUUUAGUCUCGUUUUUGCAAUGUAUUGUGGGAGCCACCAGAGGUAUUGUGGGAACUUCCUGCUUCUUCUCCUCAGUCCUGUCUUAUACAGCAUGCAGUCACCAUCUUGUCUCAGGAGCCUAAUCCUCAUCCCUUGGUUCCUACCUCAUCAGCCAGUUAUUGAGCCUGUUUUCAAGCAUAGUCGGUAAGGUCACUAUCUUGUGACAUUUAUCUUAGCCUAAAUGUGUUACUAGUCUCUCAUAGCUAGUUGCUAUUAUUCGUAUUGCCAUGUGCUGCAUGCAUUGCAGAUAUAUUCUGUGUCUUAGGCCAUGUACCAUAGAUAUGUUCUAAAUGCUACUGUUUUAUUCUGUAGUUUCACCGCUUUCCUGUCAUUCUACUAUCAAUAAAAGAGGAAGUUAAAGCAGUACAAUUUCUUCUCUUCUUGAAUACGGGAUCGGUUUAGCUACAUGUCAGAUUACACACCGUGCUAACGUGUAUGAGGACAGUAUAUUUAAUGUUGUUC